AUGGCUUCGGCAUUCAGCUCGGGUUCAAAGCUUUCACGUCUGAGGGUAGGCAUGCCGACUUCCAAAGGAGAUGGAUACCUUUAUGAUGUUGGUAUGCACAUAUGGUUGCAGUGCAACUAUAAUAAAUGUGGUUUGGGCAUUGUGUUAUUCGCGUUUGGUGGAGUGUGUGGUUUAGACAAUGAUGAAGAAUUUCAAAACAUAUUAUUUCUUGCCAAAUCAAUGGGGUUACACCAUGUAAAGGUUGUCGUUGAUUUGAAAAAUGAUAAUGGUCAGUCGAGUAGCUCUGGGUUGCUGCGUGUGGGGGAUGUCCGAACAUCAAAGAAUCCGAGAUUUAGUUCUGAUUUGGUGUCGAGUACUAUAUCUGAAAUUGUGAGGGACAAGCCAUUGACUCGGUUGUGUGAGGUGAUGACUAUUUUGAAGAGGGAUUAUGGGUUGGAGGUGAGUUACUACGUGGUACGGUUGAGCGUGGAGAAAGCAAAUGCUGUUAUUCAUGAAGAUCACUCAUUAUCGUUUGACCAGUUGCGGUGGUAUUCGGAUGCUGUGAUGCGUUACAAUCUAGGGAGUUAUGUUAAUAUUGACUAUGACGGGAGUAAUCAACAGUUUUGUCGUUUCUUUGUAUCAUUCAUUACGUGUAUUUCUGAGUACAAUUCUUGUCGGCCUUUGUUAUUCCUGGAUGGAACGUUCCUCAAAGGAAAGUACAAGGGUCACCUAUUUGCAGCAACGACGAAAGAUGGAAACAAUGGUCUAUUCCAUGUUGCAUUUGCGAUUGUUGAUUUAGAGACCACGGUCAAUUGGUCAUGGUUCUUGCACGAACUUGGGAAGGUUGUGGAUGGUAAGCGUCAAAUUACUUUUAUUUCGGACCGUAAUCUUGGUUUGUCAGAAGCGAUGCCGAAGGUGUUCUCAUCGGUUCACCACAGUUAUUGCUUACAACACUUGAAGAAUAAUUUAAGAGACCAGAUGAAGGGAAUUUGA